AAAAACAAAAAAACAAAAAAUCCACUUUGGAAGAUGUCUCUGAACAACUCUUCCAAUGUAUUUCUGGAUUCAGUGCCAGGGAAUAGCAAUCGCUUUCAAGUUAAUGUCGUAAACGAGAGCCAUGAAAGCAGCGCAGCUGUGGAUAACAAUGCCGACCCUCCACAUUAUGAGGAAACCUCUUUUGGGGAUGAAACCCAUAACAGAUUCAGAAUCAGCUUUAGGCCUGGGAAUCAGGAGUGCUAUGACAAUUUCCUCCAAAAUGGAGAAAAUGCUAAAACAGAUGCCAGUUUUCAUGCUUACGAUUCUCACACAAACACAUACUACCUACAAACCUUUGGCCACAACACGGUGGAUGCCGUUCCCAAGAUUGAGUACUAUCGCAACACCGGUAGCAUCAGUGGGCCCAAGGUCAACCGACCCAGCCUGCUUGAGAUUCACGAGCAACUUGCAAAGAAUGUCGCAGUGGCGCCAGGUUCCGCCGACAGGGUUGCUAACGGGGAUGGGAUGCCUGGAGAUGAAGAAGCCGAAAACAAGGAAGGGGAGGAUAAAGCCGGUGCUGUGAAGUUCGGAUGGGUGAAAGGUGUGCUGGUAAGAUGCAUGCUGAACAUCUGGGGUGUGAUGCUCUUCAUUCGCCUCUCCUGGAUCGUUGGAGAAGCUGGAAUUGGUCUCGGAGUCAUCAUCAUCGGCCUGAGUGUGGUGGUGACAACACUCACAGGUAUUUCUAUGUCCGCUAUUUGCACAAACGGAGUAGUAAGAGGAGGUGGGGCCUACUAUCUUAUUUCCAGAAGCUUAGGGCCCGAGUUCGGUGGGUCUAUAGGCUUGAUCUUUGCUUUUGCCAAUGCCGUGGCUGUUGCCAUGUAUGUGGUGGGAUUUGCUGAAACAGUGGUAGAACUUCUUAAGGAGAGCAAUUCAAUGAUGGUGGAUCCCACCAAUGACAUCCGGAUAAUAGGCUCCAUCACAGUGGUGAUUCUCUUAGGAAUUUCAGUAGCUGGAAUGGAAUGGGAAGCAAAGGCUCAGGUGAUACUCCUGGUCAUUCUCCUCAUUGCUAUUGCAAACUUCUUCAUUGGAACCGUUAUUCCGUCCAACAAUGAGAAGAAGUCCAGAGGUUUCUUUAAUUACCAAGCGUCAAUAUUUGCGGAAAACUUUGGGCCAAGCUUCACAAAAGGGGAAGGCUUCUUCUCUGUCUUUGCCAUUUUUUUCCCAGCAGCUACUGGAAUUCUUGCUGGUGCCAAUAUCUCAGGAGACUUAGAGGAUCCCCAAGACGCCAUCCCCAGAGGAACCAUGCUGGCCAUUUUCAUCACCACUGUUGCCUACAUAGGAGUUGCUAUUUGUGUAGGGGCCUGUGUGGUCCGAGAUGCCACUGGAAGCAUGAAUGACACCAUCAUUUCUGGGAUGAACUGCAAUGGUUCAGCAGCCUGUGGGUUGGGCUACGACUUCUCAAGAUGUCGACAUGAACCAUGUCAAUAUGGGCUAAUGAACAAUUUCCAGGUCAUGAGCAUGGUGUCAGGGUUCGGCCCCCUCAUCACAGCUGGCAUCUUUUCUGCAACGCUCUCCUCAGCCCUGGCCUCCCUCGUCAGCGCGCCCAAAGUGUUCCAGGCUCUGUGCAAGGACAACAUCUACAAAGCCUUGCAGUUCUUUGCAAAGGGAUAUGGGAAAAACAACGAACCCCUGAGAGGAUACUUUCUUACUUUCGUUAUAGCCAUGGCGUUCAUUCUUAUUGCGGAACUGAACACCAUUGCUCCCAUCAUCUCCAACUUCUUCCUGGCCUCAUACGCACUUAUUAAUUUCUCCUGCUUCCAUGCCUCAUAUGCCAAAUCUCCGGGAUGGAGACCUGCAUAUGGAAUUUACAACAUGUGGGUAUCUCUUUUUGGAGCUAUUUUGUGCUGUGCAGUUAUGUUUGUCAUCAACUGGUGGGCAGCUGUCAUCACCUACGUCAUUGAGUUCUUCCUCUAUAUCUAUGUGACUUACAAGAAGCCAGAUGUGAACUGGGGUUCCUCCACACAGGCUCUUUCCUAUGUCAGUGCGUUAGACAACGCCCUGGAAUUGACUACUGUGGAAGACCACGUGAAAAAUUUCAGGCCCCAGUGCAUUGUCUUAACGGGGGGACCGAUGACAAGACCUGCUCUCUUGGAUAUUACUCAUGCCUUUACCAAGAACAGUGGCCUUUGCAUCUGCUGUGAAGUCUUUGUGGGACCGCGCAAGCUGUGUGUUAAAGAGAUGAACAGUGGCAUGGCAAAAAAGCAGGCCUGGCUUAUAAAGAACAAAAUCAAGGCUUUUUAUGCUGCGGUGGCCGCAGACUGUUUCCGAGAUGGUGUCCGAAGUCUCCUUCAGGCCUCGGGCUUAGGAAGAAUGAAACCAAACACUCUGGUGAUUGGAUAUAAAAAAAACUGGAGGAAAGCUCCCUUGACAGAGAUUGAGAACUAUGUGGGAAUCAUACAUGAUGCGUUUGACUUUGAGAUUGGUGUGGUCAUAGUCAGAAUCAGCCAAGGGUUUGACAUCUCUCAGGUUCUUCAAGUGCAAGAUGAAUUAGAGAAAUUGGAACAGGAGAGGCUGGCUUUGGAAGCUACUAUCAAAGAUAACGAAUGUGAAGAAGGAAGUGGAGGCAUCCGAGGCUUGUUUAAAAAAGCUAGCAAGCUGAACAUUACUAAGCCAACUCCUAAGAAAGAGAGCAGCAUGAACACAAUCCAGUCAAUGCAUGUGGGGGAGUUCAACCAGAAACUGGUAGAAGCCAGCACCCAAUUUAAAAAGAAGCAAGGAAAAGGCACAAUUGAUGUGUGGUGGUUGUUUGAUGAUGGAGGGUUAACACUCCUUAUCCCGUAUAUCUUGACUCUCAGAAAAAAAUGGAAAGACUGUAAAUUAAGAAUCUAUGUUGGGGGGAAGAUCAACCGCAUUGAAGAAGAAAAAAUUGCAAUGGCUUCUCUUCUGAGCAAAUUUAGGAUCAAAUUUGCAGAUAUCCAUAUAAUUGGUGACAUCAACAUUAAGCCAAACAAAGAGAGCUGGAAAGUCUUUGAAGAGAUGAUUGAACCAUAUCGUCUCCAUGAAAGCUGCAAAGAUUUAACAACUGCUGAGAAAUUAAAGAGAGAAAGCCCAUGGAAAAUUACAGAUGCAGAACUAGAAGCAGUCAAGGAAAAGAGCUACCGCCAAGUUCGACUGAACGAACUGUUACAGGAGCACUCCAGAGCCGCUAAUCUCAUUGUCCUGAGCCUGCCAGUGGCAAGAAAAGGAUCUAUAUCCGAUUGGUUGUACAUGGCUUGGUUGGAAAUCCUCACCAAGAACCUCCCUCCUGUUUUACUAGUUAGAGGAAACCACAAAAAUGUCCUGACAUUUUAUUCUUAAUCCAUGAAAAGAUUUGAACACAUCUUAACUUCAUGUAUGAAUAAGUAAGAAACGCAUUCUAGUGCUUUAUGUUGUAAAUCUGAUCUGUGGAUAUACAAACCUGAGACAAUUGCACAGGAUUCCAUAUAAACCAUGUCAGCAUUAUUUUUUUUUUU